AUGGCAGCGUCCUGUCUCAGCCUUGUCUCUUUGUAUGGCAGCUACCUCCGCCGCUGUCUCGCCAGCGCCGGCAUGUCUUCUCAAACAAUAGACAUUGACAGCGACACCUCCAUGCACUUCUGGGGUCCCAACCGCACUAAUUCCUCCACAACCAAUUCUAAACCUCCAUUGAUCCUGAUUCAAGGAUUUGGUCCACACGGCAUAUGGCAAUGGCGUCCACAAAUCGUGUUUUUCUCCGGCAAAUUCGACCUAUAUGUGCCCGAUCUAUUGUUCUUCGGUGAAUCUUAUACAAAAUCCUCCGAUAGGUCAGAAGUUUUCCAGGCGAUUUGUGUAACGAAGCUUCUCGAAAAAUUGGGGAUUCAGAAGUACUCUGUUGUUGGAACGAGUUACGGCGGCUUCGUGGCUUACCACAUGGCGGCGAAGUGGCCGGAGAGGGUGGAGAAGGUGGUGAUCGCCAGUUCCGGGGUGAACUUGCGGCGGAGGGAUAACGAUGAGUUGUUAAAAAGAGCCAAGGUUGAGAAGAUUGACGAGUUGAUGCUGCCCGCGACCGCCGGUCAGCUUCGGACGUUGAUGGGCCUUUCUGUUUUCCGGCGUACCUACUUGCCCGAUUUCUUAUUAAAUGACUUCAUUGAUAAAUGGUAUUCUGAUAACAGAAAGGAGAAGCUGGAACUCUUGAAAGGACUAAGUCUGGGACGAGAUGACACAGUAAACAUAUCUCCUCUUCCACAGGAAUCGUUGAUUGUGUGGGGAGAACAAGACAAGAUAUUCCUAUUAGAAAAAGCUCAUGAACUCAAGAAAUUGCUAGGGAAGAAGGCGAAAUUACAAGUCAUAAAGAACACUUCACAUGUUCCUCAACUUGAAUAUGCAGCAAAGUUCAACAACAUUGUCAAGAAUUUCUUAUUUGAAUAG